CUCUUCUCUCUCUCUCUCUAGUCUUUCUCUCCACGAUUGAUCUCGGAUUUUAGGAACAAGCUCUGUUUUACAAAAAUAUCUCAGCCAUGUCAAGUGGAACAGUGAGAAGGGUCUCACGUCAAGAUAUACAACUGGUUCAAAACCUUAUAGAACGAUGCCUUCAGCUUUACAUGAAUCAGAAAGAAGUUGUGGAAACUUUACUGGAGCAGGCUAAAAUCGAGCCUGGGUUCACAGAGCUAGUUUGGCAGAAGCUUGAAGAAGAGAACCGUGAAUUUUUCAAGGCUUACUAUCUUAGGCUCAUGGUGAAACACCAGAUCAUGGAAUUCAACAAGCUACUUGAGCAGCAGGUUCGCCAUAUGCAGCAGAUGCAUCCAAGUGGGGUUACUUCCGUCCAGAAUACAAAUGGUUCUCACAUCCAAUCAAUGAAUCAGAAACAGUUGGGCUAUGCCUCUGAACACACUGAUCAUCAAUCAUUGAAGUCUAAUGCUCAGCAUCCUAUGCCUCCGAGUCUGUCUAAUGCCUACCUCAAUGGCUCUUCAACACUCAACACAAAUGUGUCCCCUUCUGUGAACAUAUCAUCAACCCACGCAAGGAGGGUUGACGCUUCUCCAAACAUACUCUCAUCACAGACCACAAACAUGCCUAUGAUGCAAGGAAUGAACGGAGGAGGAGGGAUGAUCAAGUCUGAGACUGCCUUCACAAACCCUCCUUCAUUCAUGUAUGGUGGUGAACGAAACGCCCUUGAAGGACAUUCCACAGUUAGAGAAUCUCCGAUCCCAUCUUUCAGUAACGAGUCCAACAACCAACCCAUUGGUGAUACGCUUCUUGAUGCAGAAGCUUCUACUUUUGGGUUCUUAGGUCAAAUUCCUCGCAACUUCAGCCUCUCUGAUUUGACUGCUGAUUUUUCUGGCUCAGAGAUUCUGGAGAGCUAUGAUAAAUCACCCUUCCUUGCACCAGAUGCUGAAAAUUUCCUGGACUCCUGCGACAGGGGAGAAUAUCAAGGAGACAACAAGAGGUUGGACACCAUAUCUGAAGGUUUCAGUUAUGACAACAUCGGGAGCGAGUAGUUAGGUAACAGGUUUUGGUUUCAUCACUUAUAACAUAGGAGACGGUUGUGUACAAAAAGAUUUCAGGCCUUUGAUAUUUGUUUUUUUGCUUGCAAAGACUAUUGGGUGGGGUGUAUAAAAAAGGAUUUUAUUUCCAUUAACAUUAUUACUUUAGCUUUGAAGUUUGGUAGUAGUAAUAAGUGUUUGAGAAGAUCAUAUGUAAUUCUCAGUGUGUGAUUUGUCUCUUUUAUAUUGGUGUUUUAGUUUUGUUUUAUACAAUUGUUUAUUAGUACCUGAAAUCUUGUGGAAGUUAAAAUGUAUGUCUUAUGAAGUUCAUCUAUAGAAU